UCCGCCUCGGCCCGGACGCACCGGAAGCAGCGUCACUGGCCCGGAAAUGGCGUCAUCUCUGAGCGGGACGGAAGUGACGUCUAAGCGAGCUUGGCGCGGACGGAGCGAGCCCGGGCCCGGGAUGGACCCGGCAGCCGAGCACCGGCAGCAGCUCCGCAGCCUGCGGGACUUCUUGCUGGUCUACAACCGCAUGACCGAGCUCUGCUUCCGCCACUGUGUCUGCAACCUUAACUACCGGCUGCUCACGGGCCGCGAGGAGUCGUGCCUGGACAGCUGUGCCGCGAGGCUGGUCCGCGCCAACCACCGCCUGAUGGGCGCCUACGUGGGACUGGUGCCGGCGCUGCUGCAGCGCCGUGCAGCCGAGCACGGAGCAYCAGUGGGGCCAUCCGCACUCCCGGCCUCCCCUGACUCGGACCCGGGCCCCGCGGAGUCCUUGCCAGACGCUCCCGCUGCCGGCACAUAGCAGCACCUGGCCACAGCUUCCUCUGGCGGUGGUGGGAUGCAACGGUACCAGCAGGAGCAGCAGCAGCGCUGUCGCGCCAGAGCUCCAGGCUGGAGCAGCAUCUGCACGUGGCCCCAGGCGCCCCCAGCAACAGCUGGGCCAUGCAGAGCAUGGUGGAUGGGGGGCACAGGAACAGGGGGAGAGCCCCCUGGCCCUCGUGGGUGUGGAUUUCUGAGAAUUUGACUAUUAGUCCUAAUAAAACAUCUUUUCAGUAGUGGGCUGGUGU